UAACGUGUAAUAUUACUAAAAAGCAUUUUAGUGUAUUAUAUUUCAAAAAAAGUAUGUGUUAGGUAAGAAAAGUACAUAUUAUGGCUAUGUUCUUAAUUGCAAACAUAUCGACGAAAAUUUUCUCACGUAAAAUUCAAACUGGUAUUUACAAGAAUUUGCUUAGUAAGCGCCUACAAUUUAUUUGCGCAUCGGCUUUUUCGACUGUGAAAGUGCUGGACCCUACGAUACGAAAACACAUAGAAAAUCAAAAAAUAAUGGAGAAAUUACAAUAUCCUGAAGCGUAUCGCGAUGAAACUAUUGUCGAUAAUUAUCAUGGUGUCGAGGUUCAAGAUUCAUAUAGAUGGUUAGAAGAUCCUGAUUCUGAAAAGACUAAAGCAUUUGUUGAUGCUCAGAAUGCUGUUACCAUACCAUAUUUAGCUUCAUGUAAAGCACGUCAAGAUAUUCAUGAUCGAUUAAAACAAUUAUGGGAUUUUCCAAAAUAUUCAUGUCCUGCUAGAUAUGGAAAUAAGUAUUAUUUCUAUAAAAAUACUGGCUUACAAAACCAAAGUGUUCUGUAUGUACAAGAUACAUUGGAUAGUGAACCUAGAAUAUUCUUAGAUCCAAAUACUUUCUCAGAAGAUGGUACCAUUGCAAUUACUAGUAGUAAAUUUAGCGAAGAUGGUAGCAUAUAUGCAUAUGGUUUAUCUAUUAGCGGAUCUGACUGGUGUACAAUCCAUUUUAUGAAUACAGAAACUGGUGAAAAAUACCCAGAAAUUUUGGAAAAAGUAAAAUUUUCUCCAAUAACAUGGACUCACGACAAUCGCGGAAUCUUUUAUGGUUGUUACCCUGAUCAGAAAGGUAAAACCGAUGGUUCAGAAACAGAAGGUAAUCGAGAUCAAAAGCUAUGUUAUCAUAUUGUUGGUACACCUCAGUCAGAAGAUGUCAUUGUAGUUGAAUUUCCUGAAGAACCUUUAUGGAGGAUAGGCGCACAAGUUUCUGAUUGUGGAAAAUGGUUAAUUGUUACACCUGUGAAAGAUUGUAGAGAUAAUUUAGUUUACUUUACGGAAUUGAAACCAGGGAAAAAAAUAACAGAAAAGUUACAAUUAACCCAAGUAGUUGACAAACUUGAAGCUGAUUAUGAAUAUGUAACAAACGAUGAUACCAAGGCUAUAUUUCGGACAAAUAAAAACGCUCCGAAUUACAAAUUAAUAGCUAUAGAUUUAUUGGAUUAUAAACAAGAAAAAUGGAUUGAUCUUUUACCAGAACAUCCUGAUAAUGUAUUAGAUUGGGCACAUGCAGUUGAUGGUGAUAAAUUUGUAGCUUGUUAUAUUGCAGAUGUUAAGAAUAUUUUACAAUUACACAGUUUAACAAAUGGUGAAAAACUUAGAAUAUUUCCACUUGAUGUUGGUACAAUAGUUAAUUUUGCGGGACAAAAAAAAUAUUCCGAAAUAUUUUAUCAAUUCAAAUCAUUUCUAGUUCCUGGUGUCAUAUACAAAGUUGAUUUGAAAAAUGAAGAAGAACCACAAGUACUACGGGAAAUUAAAGUAAAAAAUUUUGAUCCAAGUUUGUACAAGACUAGUCAAAUAUUUUAUACAAGCAAAGAUGGUACAAAGAUUCCAAUGUUUAUAGUAAUGAAACAUGAUGCAGUUUUGGAUGGUUCUAUGCCGGCUUUAUUAUAUGGUUACGGAGGCUUUAAUGUUAGCAUUCAACCGACGUUUAGCGUUACAAAGCUGGUGUUUGUUCAGCAUUUAAAUGGAGUACUUGCUGUGGCAAAUAUUCGUGGUGGCGGUGAAUAUGGAGAAAAAUGGCAUAAUGGAGGACGAUUUUUUAACAAACAAAAUGUAUUUGAUGAUUUCCAAGCUGCUGCUGAAUAUUUGGUCGAGAAAGGUUAUACUACUUCUUCGAAACUAAGUAUUUUAGGUGCCAGUAAUGGAGGUUUAUUAGUUGCUGCAUGCGUAAAUCAAAGACCUGAUCUAUUUGGUGCUGCAAUUGCUCAAGUUGGGGUAAUGGAUAUGUUACGUUUCCAUAAAUUUACCAUUGGUGUUGCUUGGGUAUCUGAUUAUGGUAGUUCGGAUGACUCAAAACAUUUUGAAAAUCUUUUAAAAUAUUCCCCGUUGCAUAAUGUGAGAAUCCCGGAGAAUGGACAGUAUCCCGCAACAUUAUUAUUAACUGCCGAUCACGAUGAUCGAGUGGUGCCAUUGCACAGUCUAAAACUUAUCGCCACUCUGCAGUGUACGUUGGGAAAAUUACCACAACAAACGAAUCCUUUACUAAUUAAAAUAGAGACUAAAGCCGGACAUGGUGGUGGAAAACCGACUAUGAAAGUGAUCGAAGAGAGUACAGACAUUUUAGCAUUUAUUGUGAAAUCAUUGAACUUAGAAUUUAAACUGUAACAUAUAUCAAGAAUAUUAACAUUCUUAUAUUUGAUACUAAGUACAGGUCUUUUAACACAAUUCUGUCCAUGGAUCAAAUCCUUUGUAGUUUAUCCUUCUCUGACUGUUGUGUUACUAAUAUGGAUAUAAUAUGUUAGUAGAAAAAAAAAAAAAAUGAAAAACUUACUUUGUUCCUAACACUUAAUUGGACAGAAUUAAUUUUAAUACAUUCGAGAACAUUAAUGCUAUACAAUGGGAAAUGUUUUACGUUAUGAUCGUUCAUAUUACAAAAUAAUAUUUCGAAAUAUUCUAGAAUGCUUUUUAGCAAAUUAUUUUAUAGUAAAAAUCUUUUUUGUAUCAAAUAAAAAAUUUAUGUAAUUUA